ACAAACAUAAAGCCUCACUCUACCACAGUCAGCGCACACUUUCCUGCAGCCUGCACGUACACUUCAGCUGACAGUCAUGAAUCCUGAAGGUGUUCCACUCCAGGGGAUGGGGUAUGGGGGUUAUCCUAUGCAGCCUGGAGGGACUACGGGGAUUCAAUCCACCAGAGUGAACAUAGACACUGAGCCCCCAAAGGACCACAUCAUCUGGUCUCUCAUCUGCUUCAACUUCUCCAACCCUUGUUGCCUUGGACUAGCAGCUCUCAUCUACUCUGUCAAGGUUAGUUCAGAUGCAACAGUUUUCACAUUUGUCAGAAGUUUGUUUCUUGGUAAAUGAAGAAUUUUACCUGGAUUUGUCAGGAAAAAAAGGCUCAAGUUAUCUUCUUUGGACGCUCGAGAUAUCACUUCACGUGUGUUUUAGUGUGUAAAUUUAGAAUUUCAACAAAGAUCUUGAUGAGAGCUUUACUUGAUUUUUGGAAGAAAGAAUCUUUGCACACCCAGUGCUAAUUGGAUGACACUGAUCAAUAUCUCCAGAGAUUCACGUGAUAGAAAUGAAGCCUUGAUUUGUACUGUGUUUGAUUUGGGUGACUUCAGAGAACCAAGAAAACAAACUUCUUUUAGGGCAGAAUUUUUCCAACAUAAACUACAGCUGCUUGUUACAAUCAUAAAUAAACAUUGUUAUUAUUCAUUUAACUUUUGGUAGGGGUAUCUCAAAAAGUUCAGCCUUUUGGGGGAACUUUGAAAAUCUUCUUAUAAAGCAAUUUUUUUAAGCUAUAUGACAAGAAAUUUUAUGACAAAAUAAUGAAAGAAUAAAGUACAGUAAAAUUAGAGAUUAUAAACAGCCUCUGACAUUGUUAAAGAUGAACAGUCUGUUUGACAUAAGGAGGGGUGCUUUUGUCUUGCAGUCCAGAGAUCGGAAGGUGGUUGGUGACUUGGAGGGAGCUCGUCAUUACGGCUCAACUGCCCGCAGCCUCAACAUUGCAGCCACUGUUUUAUUUUUCCUGAUAUGCCUCAUUCCACUAAUCAUUUUUGCUGUGACAAUUAUCCAGUCUCGAAAUCGCUUCAACAAGUCUUGGUAUGGCCACUGAACUAUUUAAGUAGUGCUUAAGUUUUCUGUUGCGUUACUUGUUUCUCUGCUUUAUUCUUAUGCCACAAUUAAUAACUUUUAAUAACUUUUAUACCAUCUCCCUUACUCCCUAAAAAACACAAACUUCUAUUUGUGUAAUAACAUUGUAGAGGAUUCACAUUUCCUGGACCUGUUCAUGUUUUAGAAUUGAGAGGAAAGCCUGUAACUCAAUAACUCACAGUUUUAUCUUUGAAGUAUGCUCCUUAUGUUUGAUUUAUAUAAAAAGUGUGAAUCUUUGUACGUGUCAACCAUUGUUUUUUUUUUUCCACAACUGUUGAGCUACAGAGUGCUGUAUCAAAUUUUGAUUGAGAGUAAAACCUGUUUAAUAUACAGUAUAUGAUCGGGCUGAAGUAAUUUAAUCUACCAUUAAAAUCUUUGAGACCCACACCAUAAAAACAAACAUUAAAGCUCCUGUGGGGAGAUUUUAACUGGUUUUGAAACUGACAAAAAUUGAUACUGGUACUUCUUUAUGAAAUAAAUAAGAAAAUGGGACAGUCGACAAAAGAAUGGCAAUUUCCGUACAUUUAUUUUGGGAUCUAAAACCACUAUAUGUGAGGGGGGUAAGUGUGAACUCAUGAUUAACUGCAUUCUACUCACCCUGCUUUUGUAUAGUUAAAACAAAAGUAGGGUGAGGCUGGAGGAAAGAAUAAAUCAACUAAAAACAUAAAUAAUAGAAGACGAAGCAGCUGAGGCUGCUUUGUCCACAAGGGGCGCCAAACUGAAACCUUAAGUUGCAAGUUUUUUAGAUAGUAAUUUUUACUGCCUGAAACUGGUGUGAGGGGAUGGUGUCAGCAGAACAGCCGGAGAGGAACAGCAAGAUGAGAUUUUUUUGUCAAAAAGAGCUUCUCAAGCAUGUCAAGGACAAGAUAAGCAAAGACUGCUUGGACCCCACAGGUGCCACAAUUGAAAAAAACUCAAAGUGACUUACGGGAGCUUAAAUUGCAUAAUAAGUGUGCUGACUGUGCUUAAAUAUUGAACUUAUAAGUGUAAACCGAAAAAUUCAAUGUAACAACUUCUGGUUGUUAGUUUCCUCUGCCAUUGCUUGGUUGGAGACAAGGAGGAAUGGGACUCAUAUUAUCUUCCUCUAUGUAAUGUUUAUCCCAGAGGAGCCUUUUCUGUUUACACUGGAACAACAUGCCUUUUUAGUGAGGUCACUGCUACUUCUCUGUGAAUUUUCUGGAGAAAGAAGAGAGAACAAUGUUUUUUAUUUCAAAAUAAAAAUUAAGUAUCCAAA